UUAAUCACAACUUCGUGAUAACAGAUUAAUCAUGUAAAUAUUUUAAAAAAACAGCCGACAAUCUAUAUUUUAAGUUUAAGUUUUUGUAUUCUAUAAGAACUAAAUUUUUCUUCGUUAUGGAGCUAGAUUUAAAAGACUUGGAUCUCUAUGGGAUGCUUGAUAUUCAACAAUCGGCUACUGAAAAGGAGAUUAAAACCGCAUAUCGAAAAAAAGCUUUGCAAUGUCACCCAGACAAAAAUCCAGAUAAUCCCAAAGCAGCUCAAUUGUUUCUACAAUUAUCUAAAAUAUUAGCAGUACUUACCGAUAAAGCUGCACGGGCAGCCUAUGAUAAACUAGUAAAUGCUAAAAUAGCAGCAAAAUUACGAGAAAAAGAAUAUGAUUCCAAAAGAAAAAAACUUAUUGAUAAUCUCGUACAGAGAGAACGAAUGGCAAUGGGACAACAAAAAGACUCUGUUGAGCGCAAUUUUGAAAAGGAACUAGAACGGCUAAGAAAAGAAAGUUCAGCUUUACUUGCUAAAGAAAGACAACGUGUUAAUGAAUUACUUAAACAACAAGAGGCGGAAAAAGAAGUGAGUGGUUCAUAUAAGUUAAAAGUGAAAUGGAAGGACCAAGGUGUUUAUGAUGAAGACAAUUUAAAACAUUUAUUUUCUAAGCAUGGAGAUGUAAUAACUGUUGUAGUUCUAGAAAACAAAAAAUCUGUUGCUCUUAUCGAAUUCAAGUCUAAAAUAUCUGCUAUUAAUGCAAAAAAUUUUGAAGUUGGUUAUCCCAAUUGUCCACUCUCUGUAAGUUUCCUUGGAGAUUACGGAUGUAAUACUAAUAGUAAAGACCAAAGUACUACACCAAAACCAAGUAACAUUUUUUCUGCCUAUAAUAGUGAAAAUUCUAAUCAUACUGAAACGACCACUAAUGCAACUACUACACAGCAAACUUCACAAAAUUUUUCUGAUUAUGAAGCGAUGAUACUUGAGAGAUUUCGACAAGCUGGCAAAUCUACUCAACCGGAAUAAGUUAACACUAAAUAACAAAUGACUUAGUCAAUUUUUAAUUUUAUUGUUAAUUAUUAUGUAAAUUUUGUUUAAAUGUAAUUAAAUGUAAAUUAUCAGUAAGCA